AUGCACAACAUCAUAGAUCACCAACCAGACAUGGCUACUGCGCUAUUAGCUGGAGAAAAGCUCAAGGAGCUGAUCCUUCCGGGGCAACAAGAUGAGAAAGGUUCGCCCUUUGCAGCCUUCAUGGUUCAACUAAAGCUAGAACUCCCCUUCGACAGAGUAGUGUCCAUCGGGACUGUCAUUAUUCCCAUCCUCUUAGUAACAUUGGUAUUUACUAAAAAUUUUGCAGAAGAAUCGAUAUACUGUUACACGCCAAACAAUUUCACCCGUGACCAAGCUUUAUACGCCAGAGGAUACUGUUGGACUGAGCUGAAAGAUGCUGUCCCUGGUGUUGAACCGAGUCAGCGGCCAUCCCUUUUUGAGCACAAGUUCCUUCCCUACGCCCUGCUCGCUUUCGCCGGCAUCAUGUACAUCCCUGCCCUCGGCUGGGAAUUCCUGGCCUCCACCAGGCUGACCUCCGAGCUGAACUUCCUCCUCCAGGAGAUAGAUAACUGCUAUCACCGAGCCGCCGAGGGGCGGGCUCCUAAAAUCGAAAAGCAGAUCCAGUCGAAAGGGGCAGGCAUUACAGAGAAGGAGAAAAGGGAAAUCAUUGAAAAUGCAGAAAAGGAGAAGAGCCCGGAGCAAAACCUUUUCGAGAAAUACCUGGAGCGGCGCGGGCAAAGUAAUUUCCUGGCCAGGCUUUAUCUGUCGAGGCAGCUGUCAGUGGUUUUUCUGAGCAUCAUCCCAAUCACAUAUCUAUGUACCUACUACGCGAAUCAGAAGCAGAAUGAGUUCACUUGUCCCCUGGGGGAGCCUCCGGACAUGUCCAGCAGUGAGAUGCUGCAUGUUCAUGUCAACUGCAAACUGCCUUCGGUGCAGAUGCAGCGCAUCAUCGCCAUAGUGGACAUUGUUCUGCUGUGCGUCAUCAACCUCAUCAUUUUGAUAAAUCUAAUCCACCUUUUUAUAGUUAGGAAAUCCAACUUUAUAUUUGAUAAACUGCACAAAGUCGGCAUCAAGACUAAAAAGCAGUGGCAGAAGUCGCAAUUCUGUGACAUCAACAUUUUAGCUUUGUUUUGUAAUGAAAACCGCGACCAUAUCAAAUCACUGAAUCGCUUGGACUUCAUCACCAACGAGAGCGACCUCAUGUACGACAACGUUGUCCGGCAGUUACUGGCAGCCCUGGCCCAGUCCAACCAUGAUGUUACUCCAACCAUGCGGGACGCGGGCAUCCAGACGAUUGACCCUAGUGUAGACCCAGCUGACAUAGAGGCCAGCGAACAACUUGUUAUAAAGAGGCCCAGGAAGAAAAUGAAAUGGAUUCCCACCACCAACCCACUGCACCAGCCUUUCAAAGAACCUUCGACCGCCUUCAAGUUUGAAAACAAUAAAGGAGAGAAACCCAAGCCUGCCCGCCGAAAGAUAGCCACGGAUAGUCUUGCAGCCCCUCUCCUUGACUCGACUUCGAAAUAUCUCCAAGAUUCAUCUUCCAACAAAAAUGAAGGGAACAUAACUGUUAUUAAUAGCGAGAAAAAGCACAGUCGGCACCUGUCGUUGGAUGUUCAUCCGUACAUUGUGAGCACCAAAAAGACCAAACCUGAAAAUCAGGAAAGUUGCACAUCUCAGAGUCAAGGGGGAGAUUUCCUGAACUCAGAAGAGAAUAUGCUGGCGCAUGUGCCAUCUCCCAUCAAAGAUAGUAAUCUGUCUGAAGGAGGUGCUACAAGCAAUAUUAAAUAUUCAUCAGAGAGCUGCCUAACACUACCCAUCAGUAGAGCUCAUGCUACCAACUUUAUGAACAACUUUCCUCCUGUAGCAGUUCCAUCUAAUUUAGAAAAGGAUGUCUGUGAAACAAAGUCCCAGUUCAACCGCAAUCCUACUCAUCCCCUAAUCAACAUCCAGAACAUCCCAGCACACUAUGAAGACCGUGAGGAUGAAGCAUUUCCCUCCAGCUUGCUAAAUUCAAAAGUCGCUUCCUCUGCUGAUGCAGCAGAUCUACCCACACGUUCACCAGAGAAGAUAUUACUCGCUACAUUUGAAGACCCUAUAGUAAUGGUUAGCACGAUAGAAUAUUAG